CAGUAUUGUGUCAUUUUAUAUAACUAUAAAAGGAUCUUCACAUAGGCGACAUACAUCUUUAAUCGUUUCUUGAGGCGUUUGCGGUUGGGAUUGAGCCAUCUCUCUGACAGCCUCUGAACGUUAAGACGUUCCAUCAAAAUAAUUUCCCCCCCGGCACUAUUUUGCAUGGACACCGCUGCUGCUUCCCCGGGUUAGCCCCGCCCUAGACGAUUGUGAUUGGUUUAAAGAAAUAAAAACAGGCCAGCCCAGUUUUCCCCCGGAUAGAAGCUCUAAAUAGCGUGGUUCCAGACAAUUCUACUUGCUGUAGUUUGGUCUGGCUUUGCGAGACUAUUUUAACAGUCAUUGGAGUCGCUACGUGUGAGUUGUGGAGAUGCUGGCUCACGAGGUGACCGGGAGCUCGCUGUUCUCCGGGUUCCGUGCGCUCGGGCUGUACUCUAACCACCUCCCGCACGUGCUGCGGUACCACGCGAGGCACCGGGAGUUCUACGUGACCACGGCGGUGGGAAACCGUUUCCACACCUAUAAUGUUAAGAAGCUGGGAAUCAUUGCUGUCAGUAAUGCUCUCCCAGGGGACAUCUCCUGUCUUGCGGCUGACAGGAUGUUGGUGUUUGCUGCUGUUGGUCGAGAUGUCUAUGCCUUUGCCCGCAACAAGGAGAUAGUCCACCACUACUCGCACGCACAUGCCUCAGACGUCCACCUCUUAUUGGUUCUGGGAGACACGCUGGUGUCGGCUGACCAUGACGGACUCCUGGUAGUCUGGGACGUCCCCACUCAGGAGGAGUACCUGCGACUGACCUUUGACCCAGCCACCUUUGACCUAUCUGCCCUGGCCCACCCUAGCACCUACCUGAACAAGGUGUUGUUGGGGAGUUCCCAGGGUGCUUUGCAACUCUGGAACCUCAAGACCAAUAAAUUGCUGUACACCUUCCAAGGCUGGUCGUCAGGGGUUACAGCUCUUCAGCAGAGUCCUGCAGUGGACGUGAUGGGCGUCGGCUUAUCCUCUGGACGCAUCCUCCUUCAUGACAUCAGAGCUGACAAGACGCUGAUGUCCUUCAGUCAAGACUGGGGACCUGUCACCACACUCAGCUUCCGCACUGACGGCCCUCCCAUCAUGGCGGCCGGCGGGCCUGGUGGUCACAUGGCCUUCUGGGACCUGGAGAGCCGUCGCUUGGUAACGCAGCUGAGACACGCCCACCGCUCUGCUGUGGCCGGAGCAACCUUCCUACCCAGCCAGCAGCUGCUACUCACCAAUGGAGCAGACAAUGCCCUCAAGGUGUGGGUGUUUGAGCAGGAAGGGGGCGUUGCCAGAUUGCUACGGAGUCGUCAGGGCCACAGUGCUCCUCCCACCACCAUACGCCACCACGGCAAUGCUGGCCGGGACAUCCUGAGUGCUGGUCAGGAUGGGACACUACAGUCUUUCUCCAGCGUCCACGAGCGCUUCAACAAGAGCCUGGGACACGGCUCUGCCAACAAGAAGAUGACCAAGAAGAAAGGGUUGAAGUUUGAAGAGAUUCUGCUUCCACCAAUCACCUGCUUUUCUUCAGAGAGUGCACGUGAGGGCGACUGGGACGGUGUUGUGGCACUGCACCGCGGUGAGGCGGCCGCGCGCACCUGGAACUACCAGCGGUGCACCAUGGGAAAACACCGCCUGGCCCCGCCCGCUGACCGCCUGGACAACGCCCGCCUCAGCAACGUGCACACAACGGCGGUUGACAUUACUUCCUGUGGGAACUUUGUUCUGAUUGGUUGGUCAUCUGGUCACCUGGACGUUUACAACCUGCAGUCUGGCAUCCACCGUGGUCACUACGGCAACCCCACUGCACACGUGGGAGCCGUGCGUGGCGUGUGCGUGGACGGUCUGAACCAGCGCGUGUUCAGUGUCGGGGCCGACUGCCUCCUCAGGGCCUGGCGCUUUAAGACCCGUAGCCAUGACGACCCCGCCCACCCCCCAAAGCUUGACAGCGCCCCCUCAAUGCUGCGCCUCCACCGAGACAGUGGUAUGCUAGCGUUGGCGCUGGACGAUCUGACGCUAGUCGUCAUCGACACAGAAACCGGACGUGUUGUCCGGAAGUUCUUGGGUCACAGCGGGAAAAUAAACGACCUUACCUUCAGUCCAGAUGGCCGCUGGCUGAUAUCGGCAUCGAUGGACUGUACCAUCAGAACCUGGGACUUGCCUUCUGGCUGUAUGGUGGACUGCUUUCUGUGUGAGACGGCUGCGGUCAGUGUCUCACUCUCUCCUAUCGGAGACUUCCUCUCCUCGGCCCAUGUGGACAGCCUCGGGAUCUACCUCUGGUCCAAUAAGAGCAUCUAUAGCCUGGUCUCACUCCGCCCUCUUCCUGCUGACUACCAGCCAGUGACGGUGAGCCUCCCUGGCUCCUCCCCCAGCCCUGUUUCAGACGAGGAGGGACACGGGGAGAGCUGUGUUACCCUGGGCGACGAGGACGAGGACCAGAUGGCGUCUGCCUGCUGGGACUCCCAGGAGCAGCUGGAGCGUCACCUGGUCACCAUGACAUCACUUCCUGAGUCCCGCUGGAGGAAUCUGUUCAACCUAGAUGUUGUUAAGAGGAGGAACCAGCCCCAGCAGCCCCCCCAGCGACCAGCCGCUGCCCCCUACUUCCUGCCCACCGUCUCGGGCCUUCAGCCCAGCUUCCAGACCCCCGAGGCCCCGGUCAACCAGUCUAAGGUUUUGAGGCUCGGAGCUAUGGCGCAAAAAACAGCAUUCAGCAUCGCCUUGGAAACCGCGCUGGAUGAUGGAGACUAUGUCGCUCCUUUGGCGUUGCUGAAGUCUCUGGGACCUUCUGCCGUGGACCUCGAGCUGCGUGGCCUCUCUCCUGACCUAGGCUCCUCCCCCCAGCCAAGCUCCGCCUCCCAGCUCCUAGUGGCCUUCCUCCAGAUGCUGGAGGCCAUGUUGGAAGAGAGGCGGGACUUCGACCUGGCCCAGGCCUACCUGGCCCUCCUUCUCAAGCUUUACCUGCGGCCGUUGUCGGCUGACCCUCUUGCCGUUGCGACCUUGCAGCGUCUCCUUGGGCGCCUGGAGACGAUAUGGGCGGAGCUCCGCGUCUCAUUUGACCAAUCGCUGUGCCUGCUGACCUACACCAAGACCGCACUGCUCUGAGGCUGCUGGCGCCAUGCUUUCAUUUUGAUACGCAGAAGACAUGCCACUAUAAGUGUAUAGUGUGUGUGUGAGUCCUUGUCUCUCUGGCUAUGAACACAUCCCAACAUCAGAGCAAUAGUUAGGACCUAUGACUAUACAACCUAUAUAUGUUACUCUUAAAUUGGUAUAUCUUGACGAAUUGUAAUGUUUGUUUGUUUUGUAUUUUACCCAUUGCUGUCCUGCCUCCCUCGUCUUAUUACCUUUGCCAAAUGUGUUUCGACAUAAAUAAAGGAUUAAUAAAAAAUGGACUAAUAAACGACAUACAACA